CUUUAGAUCAUUUUUAAAAGUUUGUUCUUGGAAUAAAACGCACUCCAAAUUUUGAUUUCACAUAAAACAGUUAGAGGUUCUUGCAGUAGCGAGAAAACGGACCUGCAUUAUGUUGGAAGGAUUCUAAUGAAAGGACUUUUUUUUUCAAAUGAAACGAACCCCUUGCCGACACUUAGGAAGCCACGAUUUGAAAGCCUCUUUCUGUGUUUACAUAGCAAGCCAGAGAUGUGUACCCUCGUCGUCUAAAUAAAUACAGUGACUGCAGACAGUACAGCCACUUGAACGCAAGUAGCGCAAAUCCCUCUCUCCUCUACGUCAACGGUUUACGCCAUCAGAACGUCUUGCUGAACGACGUGAGACCGUUACCAUGGUUUUGAGCGUAUACAUCCUCUCUGCUGCGGUAGUUGCUACAAUUUGCUACGUAGCCUACUUCCUUGUGGGCUUAAUCCAAGGUGUCCGCAAGCAACGAGCUGCACUGAAGCAAUGGCCAGGACUCCCAACCCACUGGCUCUAUGGCAAUAUUCACCAGCAUCCGAUGUUCGAUGCAAACAUCCGGAGUCAGGGCGGAGACCCAGGGUUUAAGUUCCAUCGUGAGUUGACGGCCCAGUACCCACGAGGCUUCUACUUCUUCAUGGGUCCAACGAGGGGUGUCCUUACAGCCAACCAUCCCGACAUCAUGAAGCCCAUCUUAAAGAGUGGAGACCCUAAGCCGCUCCAGCAGGGACAGCCCAGCUAUCGGUUCGUCCUGCCCUGGCUAGGGGAGGGCUUGCUCUUGGCCAAGGGCAGUAAAUGGUUCCGUAACCGUCGCCUGCUCACCCCGGCCUUUCACUUUGACGUCCUGAGACCCUACAUGGGAGUCUUUAACGAGGCGGUGGACAUCUUACUGGCGAAAAUGGACAACUUUGCUGAGAGCAGGGAGAGUUUUGAAGUGUCCAAGAAUGUCAGCGCCUGCACCCUGGACAUCCUUCUGCGAUGUGCCUUCUCCCAGAAGAUGAACUGUCAGACCAGUGGAGAACAUCCCUAUGUGGAAGCCGUCCAUAAAUUGACGUCUGAUGUGAUAGAAAGAUGCUUUGCGUUUCAGUAUUACUUUGAUGUCCUCUUCAACAUGUCAAGUUUGGGAAAGAAAUUCCAGAAGAAUUGCGAUUACGUGCACCAGUUUGCCGACAGUGUCAUUAAGAGUCGCCGAGCUGAGCUGGAGAAAGCCCAGCAGGCCGAUACCACCGUAUCGCCCGGCCGCAAGUACCUGGACUUCUUGGACAUCCUCCUCUCUGCCCGAGAUGAGGAUGGCAAGGGGCUGACUGACGUGGAGAUCCGUAAUGAGGUGGACACUUUCCUCUUCGAGGGCCAUGACACCACGGCCAGCAGCCUGACGUGGAUCCUGUACUUCCUGGCUCGUCACCCCGAGCAUCAGGCCAGGGUGCAGGAGGAAAUUGACGACGUGCUGGCUGGCCGUAGCUCGGACAACGUCGAGUGGGAUGAUCUUGGCAAAUUCCCAUACCUCGUUCAGUGCCUGAAGGAGUCACAGCGAAUCUACCCGCCGGUGCCGUUCAUCCAGCGGGUCAUUCAGAAUGAUGUGGAGAUCGACGGCAAGAUUCUUCCAGCGGGGACCACCGUGGACGUGUCCAUCUACAAUCUGCAUCAUAACCCGGAGAUAUGGCCCAACCACAUGGAGUUCAUUCCAGAAAGGUUCUCUGCAGAGAAUGUUCAGAAGAUGGACCCCUUUGCCUACCUUCCCUUUGCGGCCGGGCCAAGGAACUGCAUCGGCCAGAACUUUGCCAUGAACGAGGAGAAAGUGCUGCUUGUCCGGCUGCUGCGGCAAUUCCGCAUCGAGCUGGACCCCGACCAUCCAGUCGUCCUGUCCUCCCAGCUCAUCCUGAGGGCCAAGUACGAUGUCAAGAUAAAACUCACCAAGAGGCAGCUGUGAGUUGACCACACAGAUUGGCAAACUUUCUACCAGUACUGCAGGAACACCCCACGACCAGAAAAAGCACCUGUAGUUAUAUUAAAUAAAGUGUACUUUCUAAUUCUGAGCCAAGGGUGUUGGGUUCAAAUUUUGAGGCAAUUAACAGGGUAAACCUUGCUGUAAUACUGAUAUACAGUGUACAAGGAGAUGCGUAUUUUCUUUAAAACUAAUUAAAAUGAGGAAUUUUGUAAAAUUUUACACCAACGCGACAGUUCAAAGAAUGAAACGACUACUACAUAUUUACCAAGUGGCCUUUAUUAUUUUUCUACAAACACAAUACAAAUUUACAUUGAUUUAACCAUGAAUGUCAAUGAUAAAUUCUUAUAAUGUUUGCGAUUGAAUGCGUACAUUAAUCAAGAUCAAGAGCAGUUUAUGAACAUUUGUUGAAAGAAUACAAAUGCUAUAAAACGCACAACGUCUGUAAAGCACUAAAUUCAAGUUGAUGAGAAGUACUGAAAUUGACUCGUAAAAAUCAGAAAUUUGUACCAAAUUUGAAAAACAGUAUGUUGAAUACAAAUGUUUUUGCAUCUGGUUCCCCAUCAACACCACCUCUUUAAAAUCUCAGAACUACUCUUUGCAGCAGACUGAAACAGUGGAAUUUCUGGUUGAAUACAUUUAUAUGACAAGUUCACAAUGACAGUGUAAUAAGUUUGGGACCAAAGACUGUUUGUUUGUUUUGUUUUCUUUAUUUUUUAAGCAAGUGCUGUAUUAGAUGUCACUUAUCAGCUGAAUUUGAAAAAGAGCUUUAAACAUUAACCAUAAAAAUAUUGGAAUAUUUUGUUGAAUACAGAACACUUGUACUGACGUUUGUA